AACAUGGCGAACUUCGACGAUAUUUUACGACAUCUUGGGGAGUUCGGCAGGUACCAGAAAUGGGUGUACUUCCUGUUGUGCCUCCCAGCUAUUCCCCAUGGGGUCCGGAUGAUGAUCAAUGUUUACCUUCUCAAUGUCCCCGACCACAGAUGCGCGAUCCCCGGCUACAACAACGACACGUACGCUGUGCAGUCAAAGUACCACGCCGAGCUCAUCAACAAGACCAUUCCCUUUGUGGAACGUAACGGGAAGCUCCAGUAUGACCAGUGUCACUUGUACUUCUCCAGCCCAGGAUCCUCCAACAGGACCAUCAUAGGGUGCAACAGAUGGGUGUACGACAAGUCCGUGUUCCAGUCAACCGCUGCCACAGAGCUCAACAUGGUCUGCAGAAACGACAUACAGCCUUCCAACGCACAGAUGAUCUUCAUGGGGGGAUAUUUUGCGGGAGCAUUUAUAUUCGGUGCCCUGGGAGACAGGUUCGGGCGACGGAAAGCACUGUUCCUGUCUAUUGUGAUACUGUUUGCUGGUGGUCUUGCUCUGAACUGGGCUAACAGCUACGCCCUCUUUGUUGUAUUCCGCUUCAUCAACGGCGCCAGUACUGCGGGGAUGUUCACAACGUGCUUCGUGAUUGGGAUGGAAUUUGUUGGUCCUUCCAAACGAGUGUGGGCCGGCAUCAUCAGCGGCUUCUUCUUCACCAGUGGCUACCUCUUCUUAACCGGAGUUGCCUUCUUCAUCCGAGACUGGCACACUCUGGAGCUGGUCAUGGCGACGCCUGUGGCAGUCUUCCUGAUAUACUGGUGGAUAAUCCCCGAGUCGCCAAGAUGGCUGCUCAACGUCUUCCGGUUGGAGGAAGCGGAAAUGAUUAUACGUCAUGCUGCACGUGUCAACAAGGUCACAAUACCCGACAGUGCUCUGCAGUUCGAAAAAGAAGACAUGGAUGCCAAACUGAAAAUGCCCAAGACCAGCAUCUUUCAGUUAUUCACACACAGAACUUUAUUAUUCAGAACAAUCGUUCUCUUUUACUCCUGGAUGGCAGUGAGUCUUGCCUACUUCGGUCUGUCGUCCAACACGGACAACCUUGGUGCCGGCAGCCUCCACCUCAACUCGAUGUUGGCCUGUCUGGUGGAGUACCCAGCCAACAUCAUCUGUCUACUGCUCUUGAACAGAAUCGGGAGGAAAGCACUGCUGUGUGCCUUCAUGACGCUAGGGGGCGCUGCCUGUAUACUUUCAGUCAUCACUAUUUUAUAUGUGGACGAUGCCAACCAGUGGAGCACAGUCACACUGUCAAUGAUUGGGAAGUUGUGUGUCGCGGGCGGAUUCGGUGUGGUGUAUGUGUACUCAACAGAGAUCUUCCCGACUGUUGUACGGAGUUCAGCACUAGGCCUCAGCUCGUCUUUUGCCAGGAUAGGCGGCAUGUUGGCCCCUUACUUCAUAGACCUGGGUAAAGAAGUGGAGGGGAAGUGGGGGCGGGCGUUACCUCUUCUUAUGUUCGGAGUUCUGUGUGUUAUGGCGGGUCUCCUCGAUCUUACUCUACCAGAAACUCUCAACAGAGAUCUGCCAGAGACUAUAGAAGAUGCCAGGAACUUCAGCAGGAAAAGUCCUGCCGGCUAUUCCCGCCUGAAGAACGAUGAAAAGACGGGUCAGAAUCAUGCAAUGCAAGCCGGCCUCUCCUCUCCACCUAAGGACGGAGAUGUGUCGUCACGGACAGUCCCAUUUUGACGACAUCAACAACGGGUCUCGCCAAACCGUAAACAACAGAAAAUAUUGUUACACUGCAUUGGCAUUAGUAAACACAUACAGGGCAGUUGAAUUAUCAUGAAACAAACACUGAUUGGAAUUGGACACAUUAUAACUUUUUUUCGAAGGACGAAUCGCCUCUGUCAACCUCUCCUGCGUUGCUACCAACGAUUGGAGGAGUGUAUUGUAGGACAUGUAUAAUCUGUGCAUUUAGCCCUACUUGUGCAUAUCGUCAGGUACUGCAUUUUUGCCAUUUUCUACAUUACCAGUAUUUUCAACUGCGAUCUCUAACACUCAGGGCAAACUGUGGACUGCUCAGAUAGAAUAUGUGGUCAAGUGGACAUGUGGCUGUGAUUGAUGAGUGCGGAUGACAUACGGAUUCUAUGGGUUUUAUCAUAUUAAUUAUGUGUCUAUUGAUACAGCGAAUGUAAUUCGAUGAUCAGAUCAUUGAAACAUAUUUUAUUGUCUUUGAGACAAAUGUAUCAAAUACAUUAUCCUUGGAUGAAUGGACCCGUGAAGGUCCGGGUUAGAAUUGAUUUUCAGUAACCCAUGCUUGUCGUAAGAGGCGACUAACGGGAUCGGGUGGUCAGGCUCGCUGACUUG